GAUUUCGUUUUAUGGCGGUCUGGAAUUCACCCGCUUAGAUGGAUACUCAUAUUAGUAAUCCUCCAAGAAGAAAACCCCUAUGCGAUCUCACCAACGCUCCGACCCUUUCAUUGCCGGCCACUUCAUACAAAUCCAAGCUCAGACCUAGAUCCUCUGCCGUCACGAACUCCUCCGCCUCCUCCGAUGUUCCCGAUGUCUCUGCUAGCUGUAACUCCACUGCUGGUUCAAUCAAUCCCGCAAAACCCGUUUCUGGAAAAGUACCCGCGUCUUUUAAGAAAGGCUUGCAGAUCAGUUCUAGCUCUGUUUCUGGUGCUGGAAACUAUGAAAGCGACGAGCAUUCUACCCUUAAUAUGGUUCAAAAGAAAGACAAGGAAAUAUAUGUUGAGAAGGAUAAUUCUGCUAUUUCUGCAUUCAGUUGUCCACCAUUGAGGAAAAACAGAACUACUGGGAGGAUGAAACAAGUGGGCGGUUCACUGCCUGGCACUAACUCCGUUCCAUUUCAGAAGAAGAAAAAGAGGAAGCGACAGAUCAAACCCAGUGAGUAUAAACUUCCUCAAGAUUUUAUUAAUGAACACAGAGCCUACUUUGAAGAGGUAGAUGCCUUUGAACUGCAUGAAGAGGUCAUCUCAGAAAGUGAAUUAGAGUAAGUAUUUUUUGCCCUUCCUCCUUCAUAAGGAAUAGUCAAUACUGUAUAGCCUUUCCUUUCCUGUAAAAAAAUCAUAGAGUUGUUCAGGUAACAAAGAAAUUAACAGUAGUUUCUUUCGAUUGAACUGUAUUUAAGAGGUGGAUUACAUUCCAGAAUAGA